GCUGUGUGGCGCAGUGAUAAACCUAUCAUGUCAUUAACAAAGUUCAUCAAAACGAUAUUCCAACCAUCACCUACACAUCAUCAUCCACCACCUCUUGAUGGAGAAAUUGUUUACAGCAAAAACAAUGUAUGUGUUCAUCCUCAAGGUCUACUAGCAAGCUCUGUAGAACAUUAUCCAGGUUAUCUAACAGUGUUUGCGAAAGUUUCUGGCGACGCGAUUUCUCUUGUGCUAAAUUGGAUACCAAAUAAACGAUUGAAACAUGGUGGAAACCCAGUUCGAGAUGCAGCAGUUAUCCCGAUUCAUUGUGAAAGUUUAACAUGCAUCAAUGAUAUAAAUCCUGAGUUACUAAUUACUGCGGAUUCUGGAAACAAUAUAAAUCACAUUGGAAAUCAUGUAAAUGAAGAUGGCCAUAAUAUUGCUAGUAUUGAAACUAACUUCAGUUUGUCUAAUCCACAACCACAUGGAAAUGUAAGGAAAUACAGUAAUGGGAGUGCAGAUUUAUCUGAUGUCAGCAUUUGCAGUGGUUCAACAGAAGGUCCAGACUCGAAUCUUUCUGAUGAUGAAAUUGAUGAUAUAGAUCCGGAUGACAUUGUUUUACUCACAAGGCCUCCACUUAUAAAUCUUUCGAGUACAGAACUCCAUGAGAUACAAAACAAGAAAGUCUCCAAAUUUAUGUAUGAAAACAUCCAAAUUUUUAAUGUUGACAAAAAAGAGGACAUUGAAAAACAGAUCAAUGCUAAAGAUGAAUUGCCUUUGCCUAAAGAUGAGGAUCAUCCGAUUUCCCCACCUGUUAUAUAUAACAUGCAAUUUCCUGAAAAUUCAAUCAGUUAUGUUACAAAUUCUUCCUCAAGUUCUUGUCCAUCAAGCCCCCUGCCUUACAGCAAAGGUCGAGUAAGACGACCUGCCAGAGAUCAAGCUUGCGGCGUUUUCACUGUUGAUCUGGGACAAAUGAGAUCACUACGUCUGUUUUUCAGCAAUGAUAAAUGCAACAGUGGACAGUUGGUUAUAGCCAGUCGAGAAUCUCAAUAUAAAAUAUUACAUUUUCAUAAUGGUGGCCUGGAUGCACUUGCAGAAAUACUAGAACAAUGGAAGCUAGCUGUAAAGCAAAGUGAUAAGAUUACAGACCAACUUGCUGUGAGACAUUUUUCAAUAUGCGGACCCCAGUUAUCAGUAGGUCAGUGUCAUCCUGAGGAAGGUUUAUACAGACGUUUAUCCAAAGAUGCAUGGUCACUUCAUGUCAAUGAAUUUGGUCAAGUACAGGACGAAUAUAAUAUCAGAAAAGCUGUAUUCUUUGGUGGAAUGGAUCCUGAAUUAAGAUCUGACGUUUGGUUAUUUUUAUUGAAAUGUUACCCUUUCCUAUCAACAUAUGAUGAGAGACAAGAGAUGAGAUCUAGAAAAGAAGUCGAAUAUCAUCAACUCAAUACAAAGAGGUUAAAUAUGUCUGAAGAUGACAAAAACACUUUUGAAAAGGGAGUCGCUUGCAUAGUUGAAAAAGAUGUCCUGAGAACUGAUCGUGCACAUCCAUUUUAUAAGGGCGAUGGUAACCCGAAUCUAGAUGUAUUGAGACAUAUUCUGUUGAACUAUUCCAUCUAUACAGACACAGGAUAUACACAGGGAAUGUCUGACCUGCUUGCUCCUUUAUUAAUUGAACUAAAUGAAGAAGCAGAGACAUUCUGGUGUUUUGUUGGACUCAUGCAACGAACUAUUUUUAUAAGUUCACCUAAAGAUGAUGAUAUGGAAAAACAAUUGUUAUACUUGCGAGAAUUAUUGCGUCUCAUGCAACCAGAGUUUUACGAACAUCUGAAAACUUGUGGACCUGAUGCCAUGGAACUUCUGUUUGUUCAUCGAUGGAUUUUACUCUGUUUUAAACGAGAAUUUCCUGAAAACGAAGCCCUGAUGAUAUGGGAAUCAUGUUGGGCCCAUUAUCAGACUGACUUCUUCCACUUAUUUGUGUGCGUUGCAAUAAUCACUUUAUAUGGACUUGAUGUCAUAGAAAACCAACUAGCUUCGGACGAAAUGCUUUUACAUUUUUCUAAUCUUGCUAUGCAAAUGAACGGACAUGUUGUGCUACGAAAAGCCAGAGGUUUAUUACACUCUUUCAGGAUAAGGCCUCGAGUACCCUGCACACUUCAUGACAUUUGUAUCAAGUCACCUCCGGGCGUGUGGGACAGUGGGUAUGCCCCAACAGUGGAAUGCACAGGUUUACAUGAUUCUGAACAGUGUUUAUAUGGUGGUGUGGCAGCUAGUUCAUCUGUAUUGACUGAUGUUUUUCAGAAAAGUGACACGAAAAAGUUAAAAGGAUUGUUUAAUAGAUGAAAUUAUGUCUUAAAAAAAAGAAAUUGAGAAAAAAGUUCUACAAUAUUACUAAGUAAUGAGAAAUAAUCUUUUGAUUUAUUUGCUUGUCAGGGUGUGUUCUAUCCCUACAAUGAAACAAUUUUAAAAUUAACUUGGGCUUGUACCAAGCGAGGUGAUCUAUUUUUGAUAUGAUAGUUUCGAUGUGUUUUGACAGACUGCUAUUGUUCAGGUAUUCAUACUAAUGUACUGAUCAGGUUUAUGUACGCUGGACAUUUGUGAGAAUGACAUGCUAAUCAUAGGGCGUUAAGUCCGCUUCUAUUUGCUCUGCCACAGACCUCGGUUCAACUAUACAUACGUUUAUACAUACAACAUUUAAAUUUAUUGCAUAUGUGAACUCUCGAAUCACCUAUUUACAUAUGGCUUCUAAUCAACUCCAUGCAUCUGAAAUAAAUGUUCCCAUUCAAGACAUGGCUGAUAAGAAAGACCAUGGUUCGUCAUACGAUCAAGCUGUUUUAUCGACUUUCGUUCUCGCAGGAUAUUUAGGAAAAUCCUAUCUUAUGAAUCUAAGACUUGACUUGUGGGCUUACUGGUUGAUAUUAUAAAACUGAAAUAUGAGCCUAAUAUAUUUUGAUUUUCGACACUACUAGCAUGGUGAUAUCAACACUUUUGGAUGCAAAAUGCAAAUUUUUUCUUUUAAUGAACUUUGGACAAUAUUGGUCACACUACCUUUCCAUUGAGAAACAUUUUCAUAGUGUCUGAACUUUAAAAAAAAAUCUUUUUUACCUAUUUUCUCAGCAUAUCCUAUCUGAAGAUGACAUAAUGCUUAUCUGUUAUACAUUUUUGUCAAAUCAUAUAUAUACUUUCAAUCGUAUUUUUAGGUGGAAAUAGAAUCAUUUGCUCAUAUGUAUGUUAUCAAGGUACUAGUCUGUAUUUAUUUCAGUUUUUGACUGUGUUGACCUCCAUUUUCUCAUUCCUUCCAAAUUUCUUCAUUUAAGUUCCUAUCAGAUAUUCGAUAGUUCCCUUCAUUUCAACAUGGUGAUUCGAAGCUCUAUAUUCCAGUUUUUCUUACACUAUAUCUUUAUUCAAAUAUUUGAAUUCAAUUUCUUUAUGAUGUUCUUAUAUUAAUAUUUCUGUAGCAGAUUGUAUCAUUUGAAGCUAUGGGUCGUGCAAUGUAUUUUAUUUUCAUAAGUUUGUUUUAAUGUCUGGUACCUCGUAUAUCCUUUCAUUUCCAACAAUUCGUAACACUUCAUUCAGUUUUUCAACAAAAAGUAUAAUCUGUUUAUUUAUUGCUUCAUCCAUGUUCACCAAUAAGAUGAAAACUGGAAAUAGAAUAGAUAGCUUGGGUACUGAUUGGCUGGUGCAAUAAACUUCAUUCUGUGUUGUUAAUAUUUUCUCUAUGUAAUUUGAUAUAAUGUUAAUGUUAGAAUCAUUUUUUUUUCAUUUAUUGCACAUUCCUCGUUACUACUAAAGUACUAAUAAAGAUAUAUGACACA